GUGAAUGGCUGUGAGUACACUGUAAAAAGUGUUAUUUAUACUGGCCUUCUGGUCUUGGCCAGACUUGCUUUAUAUGACGUUUUUGGAAAACCAAAUUCAAGUUUUCCCAUCAAAGUCCAAAAACGUCUGUAAAGGCAACACGCACUUUCUGGAAGAUAGAAACAAAAUUUGCAAGAGUCUGAAGGCCAUGUUUAAAAAUAUUGUUUCACAUAUGGAGGUGCCAUCAAAAACGUUUAUCAGAAAAUUAAAGCUAUACGGAUUACAAUUUUACAAUGGACGAGUCUUCGUUUACAGUAUUUGCAAACCUUGCGACCACAGCUAUGUCUUCGUGAAUGAUUACAGUUUUUCUAGUCUCGGCCCAUCAUCUAUAAACCCGCAACAAAUGCCAUCUUUCGUCAAAAAUAUGUAUGGAAUUUUAUAUUUAAUUGAAAACACACAACAUAUUCUUGACAAGUUCCUGGAUAAUAUUGAUCUUACACAAGACGUUUUAGAGGAGGUUGUCGAUGAACCAAGUCCCCAUGGUUCCCCUCACAAAAAACAAAAAAAGGAGAACGAUACAUCAUCCUGAAUAAUGUAAUAAUGCAGAAAAAUCACUCAUACUCCUAUCACAGUCUAUUCAUGAUGUUGACCCUUAUAUGAAUUUUUACAUAAUAAAGUCAAAGCUUGCUCAUAUUGUUAGUCCAGAUGAAAAAGAAUCUUAAGUUCAUAAUUUCAUUAAAGUUUAUCUAGAGUGGCAAAGGCACACUUUAUUAUUUGUAUACUUUCAUCACCUUGUGAGAUUUUAUACUCACGUUUGAGUGGGAAAAGCCUCUCUCGCAUCAUAGUAAAAAUAUGGGUCAUUCAUCCAAAUUUCUAUGUAAUAUGUUAGUGCUCAUAUCUACAUAUGUGCGUGCAUAUAUAUAGACAAUCUAUACGUACAAGUCUUUUGUAUUUAGCAC